AUGCUUCCUUUUAAAGUAGUCAUACCUGUAAAAGCUAAAUAUAUUUUUGGAGAAACACGUCAGUGUUAUCGUGCAGGCAUAUAUAUACCAGAGCGAGAUUCACGCCCUGCACAAAAAGAAUCAAAGGCAUGUGGAUGUAAUGGAGCUUUGAAAAUAAAGCAGUUCAAAAAGUCUCCUACUAUUGUUACGUUCUAUAUGACAAUGGACCAUAACAGUCAUGUUCAUGGAGACAGAUCAGAGAUUAGAACUUUGCCCUUACCUUUUGAAGCUAUUAAAUUGAUUGAAGAUCAACUGAGAAGUGGAAGCAGCUGUAGAAGCACAAGAAUAUCUGUCCUUCGACAGAUUGACAGCUGGGGUGUUGGUGUUAGAAAGCCAAACUACAAAGAGAUAUACAAUAGAAUGAAGAAGGUGUGUUAA